UCUUGGUCUUUUAUCCUUUCCGGACCACAAAAUAUCUCCACUAGGAGUUUCUUCGGUGGAAACUCCGUAUCUCAGUUCUCUCUCCUUCAUCUACCGGCGACAUGGCCGUAGUUCUCGGAAACAUUGCUCUGUUACUUGACGUUACCUCGCCUCUCACCGGAAUUCCUGACCGGAAGGCUCGAACGGUGAGCCACGACGUCGUUUUGAACCUAUCCAAGAGAGAUUCUCAUCAUAGCACCAACGCCUACGCAUCUCUCGCCACCAAGAGCUUCGAGUCGGACGGAGAAGCUCGAAACCACAGAGUCGUGGCGCGUGGAAAAGCGAAUUCGAAGGUUAACGGCGUGGAUUCUGAUGCCGGGUCGAGCGAUGAGGAAGGCAAUGGCAACGGGAAUGGGAACGAUGACGAAGAUGAGGAAACGUUCGAUUGGGAGAAGGCGAUGAGAAAGAGAAUGAAAGAGAUCGAGGAGAUGAAAGAGUUGGAAAUGAAAGCUGAGGAGUUGCAGAGUCGAGUAGCGGAGGGUCAAGAAGAGAGCGAGGAAGAGAAGAGGAUGAGGGUCAGAAAAGAGCUCGAAAAGGUGGCCAAGGAGCAGGCAGAACGGAGAGCGACAGCUCAGUUAAUGUUUGAUUUAGGUCAGAAGGCUUAUGGAAAGGGGACUUAUAGCCGAGCGAUUGAAUUCUUUGAAGGUGCCCUCACGAUAAUUCCUCCGCCCACAUUGUUUGGCGGUGAGAUACAAAUAUGGCUUGCUAUGGCUUAUGAGGCCAAUAACCGCCAUGCAGAUUGCAUUGCCCUGUACCAACAAUUAGAGAGAAAGCACCCCAGUGUCAGUAUCAGACGGCAGGCUGCAGACCUUCGCUAUAUCUUGCAAGCGCCUAAGCUCAAGAUAACACAGGAGGAGAUGGUAACCAUACCACUGAUUGGUUCUAGUUAUGACAGUUAUGCCGCUACAUGGACUGAUAAAUACAAGGACAAGGAUGAAAAGAGAAGCUGGUCAACAACCAAUCAGCUUCCAUCAACCAGAGAUUAUAUAGGGGACUUUCUGGUUUGGCAACCGCCAGUUGGAUGGGAGAAGAAUCGAGCUUUCUGGGUAGCUUUUACUUUAUGGCUGGGCUUAGUAGGAGCUGCUGUCUUUCUUCAAAUAUGAAUCAUGAAAAUAUGUACUGAAAUUAUGCUGCCAGCUAUAGACUCAUGAUCAUUUGUAAAUUUAGAUUGUUAUAAUAUUGUCAUUGUGAAAUUAGUGUAUGCAUGAAGAAGAAAAAAGCUUUUUCGUUUUUCAUAAAGCUAUUAUGUGUUCAUAUUAUUACUUAGCACAGCAGAGACUGAACUUCAUCUUACCUCCAACUACCUUGUGUUUGUUUC